AUGACGAGUCAAUUGUAUCCUACUGUUGGACUGAAGGGCUUUAAAUCCAAGCCAGACGUCGAGGCGUACCUUGCAGCCUUUAGCGCCGACGAGUUUGACACCUUUUUUCAGUAUUACCAUCCCGAUAUUCAUAUCGAUAUUCCCCUCAUUCCUGGCCCAAAGACUAUAAGCGGCUAUCAUCAGUGGGCCAAAGGACAUCACCAGAUAGCAUCUGAGACUCUCGUUCCACAAAAGAUCAUAUUCGACCUUGAUGGCGGGCUUGUUGUCGUGGAAGUACGAGCGGAGUUUAGAGGGAAGAAGGGAGUAGAAAUGGACGACUUCUUCGGAUGGGGCCCCGUGUCCGAGGGGACUGGACCGGAUGUCACAAUGAUUGUGUUCUACCACCUUGACGAAAGAGGGCGGGUCGUCCACCUUGAGCCUGGAGCCACCAAGCUGCUGAGGAAGGCACAAGCAGCUAACGUCGCCGUCGGCGGCAGCGCAGUAGCCGGGUCCGGAUCAUCAUUCCGAACCAAAGACGACGUCAGAAGGUACAUCGGCUUCUUUAGCAGCAACGACUUUGGCAAGGCAUCCGAGUUCUGGGCGCCGGAGCUCGAGGUACGCCUGGGGAAGCUCCAGGUCAUCCAUGGGCGGGAGGAGAAUGUCAAGUUCUUUUCCGAGCAGCGAGUAAACGGCAUGGACGAGAACGUUGCUCCGAAGCAGAUCACCCUGGACGACAGCUGUUGCGUUCUUCACGCUGAGGUGACCUUCAUCGCUCGAAAGGACUUCCCAGAGGGGUAUGCGGGGAUGGGCACGACAUCAGGAGGUAUCAAGACUGGCCAGCGGAUUUGGAAUGAGAUGAUGAUUUUGUAUGAUCUGGACAAUGAGCGUCGGGUCAGAGUUGUUAGGACCUACCGCUUGAGUGGCCCGGUGAUUUCUGGGCCGGAUUGA